AUGAAUUGUAGUCACCCAAAUCUUUGGAAAUUUUUAAAAGGUUUAAAAACGGAACAAUCUUACGUCGAUGCUCAAAUUAUUCAAGCGCGAGCUGGUGUUAGACAAGCACGAAAACAUGAACAGAUUCGUCGAGAAGCACGUAUUUUGAAUAUAUUAAAUGAAACAACGACAACAAACUUUGAAAAAGUACUUGGUUUAGCUGAAAAUAUUUCAUUGAAAAGUUCAUAA